AUGACAAACAGCAGCCAGAGCGAGCAGCCGGAGCAAGUGGCGAGCGUCUGGAGGAAAGAACAAGGUGAGCACGACAGUAGCAGCAGCAGCAGCCUCCUGGUGGUCAGGAUCCUGGCGCCCAGCCCCUCCCGGGGCCCCUGUCUCCUGGACAGUGGCAGCAGCAUGAACGGCAGCGUGGCGCCACCGGGGGUGGUGGAGGCGGCGGCAGCACCGCUGCCCUCGCCCGGCUGGCGGGAUUUCUGCGAGGCCCAUGCCCGGGCAGCCGCCCUGGACUUCGCACGGCGUUUCCGCGCUUUCCUGAGCGAGAACCCCCAGUUUGCAGCACCAGGGGCUGAGGCUGCCUUCUCCCGCCGCUUUGCGGAGCACUUCGUGGAGCACUUCGAGGCCGAGGUGAGCCGGGCCUGUGCCGGCGACUCACCCCCCCGCUGCGACAUCGCUCCCUUCACUGGUGCCCACCAUUGCCCUGGGGGCGCCUCCUCCUCCUCCACCCGUGACCUCUCCGAGACCUGCAGCGACUCCUCGGUGGCCUCUCCGGUGGAGCCACAGCCCGGCCUGGCCUCGGGGUUGUCCAGCAGCCAGUCUCGUAGCUCUGAGGACGUCUCAGCCUCUGCCGCGACUGCCAGCACGAAGCCUAAGCUCAAGAAGCGCUUCUCCCUGCGCAACGUCAGCCGCAGUGUGCGGGGCAGCAUGCGAGGCAUCCUGCAGUGGAAGAGCUCAGCCGAGUCCCCCACCGAGGAGGAGGCUGGCGGGGCCAACACCAAUUCCAACUCCUCAGGGGGUGGGGCCGCGGACUCCUUGCCCACCGAGCGCUGGACACACAAGUUUGAGAGGCUGCGGCUCAGCAAGGCGCCUGCCCCCAAAGUGGAACUGUCCAGUGUGCGCCGGGAGGGGCUACUCAAUUAUAUCGUGGCCGAUGACAGCGGAGGGGGGGGUGGUAGCCGGGCCCGAUGGCAGAAAUGCCGGCUGCUGCUGCGGAAGGCAGGCAAGGGAGAGGGCGAGGGCUACCUGCUGGAGUUCUACAUCCCCCCCAAGUCCACCAAGGCCCGGGUCAGCAUCCUCUGCUCGGCGGUGACAGAUGUGCGCACCACCACGCCGCUGGAGAUGCCUGACAAGGAAAACACCUUUGUCUUAAAGAUGGAGAACUCUCUCGAGUACAUCCUGGAGACGGUCGAUUCGCUGCAGAUGAGGUCGUGGCUGGCCGACAUCCAGGACUGCAUGAGCCCGGGGGAGAACACGGACAGCACAGACCUUCCCUGCCUCAACCACUCGGAGAGCAUGCCAAGCCGGGAGCUACCCCUGCUGCCCAGCGAGAGCAACGAGCAGCUCUCCCAGGGUGCGUAUGGGGGUCUGUCCGAGCGCCCCUCGGCUUCCAUCUCCCCCAGCUCCAUCUCCAUUGCUGCUUCCCACUUCAACUCCAUGGAGCUGCUGCCUCCUGAGCUGCCCCCCCGGGUCCCCAUCGAUGAGGCAGCUGAGCGGCUGCAGGGUCCGUACCCCCCUGGCCUGCUGCACACGCCCUUCCCCGACACUCCUGACGCCACAGGCUCGUUCCUGUUCCAGGGGGAGCCGGACCCCGGGGGGGGCGACCCAGAGCACCCCCUCUCCGAGUACCCCUGGUUCCACGGCACCUUGUCCCGGCUGAAGGCUGCCCAGCUGGUCCUGGCUGGCGGCCCCAGCAGCCAUGGUGUCUUCCUGGUGCGACAGAGCGAGACCCGGCGUGGGGAGUACGUGCUGACCUUCAAUUUCCAGGGCAAGGCCAAGCACCUGCGCCUGUCGCUGAACGAGGAUGGGCAGUGCCGCGUGCAGCACCUCUGGUUCCAGACCAUCUUUGACAUGCUGGAGCACUUCCGAGUGCACCCCAUCCCGCUGGAGUCAGGCGGCUCCAGCGACGUCACCCUGGUUAGCUAUGUGGUGGCCUCGCAGCGGCUGCAUGGCAGGGACAGGGCGGGCAGCCGAGCCGCCGCCUGUGAGCCGACCCAGCGCAGCCCUGACUCGCCCGGCCUCGUCUCCAUCGGCGCGAAUGACUGUUUAGCCGAGCACCUCCCAUAGCCGGCCCCCCCAGCCCCCAUCCUGGCACGCAGCUCUGGAGGAGGGGCCCCUGCAGCCCCCUUGGCUCGUCCCCGAAGCCCCAGCCCCC